AUGUCCUUCGCAAUGAUAUUCAUAAUCAUAUUUUACAUCUCUCUCAGCCUAUUGAGCUCUAAUGCUAUUGCUCAGAGCCUAGUUCUGCAGGACGAGGACCCUUGUCUUGACAGCGGCUUCAACAUCUCUCAAUGGGCGGUAGACAAUAGUAUCCGGCCCAACUACAUCCAGGCAACGACGGAAAAGAAACCAAUUGUUGCCCAGAGAAUCUUGACAGCACCAAGAACAUCAGAAACUGGCCAGUCUUACUCAAUCGAGCUGAAUCAAACCAGCGUGUUGUACAUGACAGGCGUCAGUACCGAUCUUCUCGAAGCGCAGAUUUCUAAACGAGGAUUCCCCGAAGACCUCCCUCGGUCACUGAGCGAUGGUUACAACUCCGCGAUCCUACUGGGCGAAAGAACGACGUUCAAGUUUUCUGGACGCAUUGAAACCCAUAAUGGCGCCACGAACGUGUAUGCUACUGGUGUUGGCACGACUGCUGUCCUCGAGGACCCUCGCUUGUACAGUACCGGGCCAGGCGCCAUCGGCCUCUUCUCCGUCCGGGGUGCGAGUCUCAAUGUCACCGACUUUCGCCACUGCUCCGGUGGCUUCCGAUCACCCACUCUCGCAGGAUCCAACAUGAACAGCCGUGGGGGUAUCGCCCACACCAAAGGUCCAGGCUCUCCGCUGAUCUACUCGCUGGGUCGGAUAACCGCUUACGACCUGAAUGGCUGGGCCCAGGAGUCCCCCGCGAUCAUUAUGGAGGGGCCACAAUACCUUCAUCUGAACAGCUGUAGAAUCACCUCAGACAGAAUGAGUGGUGUGCUGUUCUUCGACUGGUCCGUCGCAAGUCGACACGGCACUGGCACGUUGGACACGACAUCACUCGACUUGACUGUUAGCGAAGGACCUGCAUUCCACCUUGCAACCUUCUCUGCGAACAUCAAACUCAAUGCGGCCAAGAUCAAGAAUCCUUCAGGGAUACUGCUUUUGGCUGACACGAACACGGUCUCUCGAGAUCUGGAGAGGAUUGACAACUUGCUGUGGAGUGCGGACCCGAUCUCAUCGAACUCAUCACUGACUGUCAUGAGCUCGGAUGCGAUUUCUGGUGACAUCGUCACACAGAGUGGGUGUACAGUGUUCAUGCGGCUGCUCACAAAUACCAGUUGGACAGGUGGUGCCACGGCUUCGCUUGUCAACGACCGAGGCGGCUUGACGAUUCAGAUUGAUGAAACAAGCAUAUGGACCGUCACCAAGAACUCGUUCGUCCGGGGUCUGUCCAUUAUGGGCGGCGAUCUGGACCAGAUUGUGGGCCAGAACUUUACCGUCACAUACGAUAGGGCUGCGCCUGAAAGUUCCUGGCUUCAAGGCAGGACGCACGAUUUAUCCCAGGGCGGGAAGCUUGUACCAUGGAAGUGA